AUGACAAUGAUGGAGAGCAGAAUUAGCCGCUGUCGUCCGAGUUCACACAGAGAAAUGACAAGGCAUCAGUAUGUCAUGGAACGCAACAGAGCCUAUGCGAACACCCUUCGACCUCCUGAUAUGCUUUCACUCACUGUUCCUUCAACACCACGUACUGCACGAUCGUUAAGUCCAUCGCCAGUUCGUCAGAAUAUGCAUCUGAUGAGGACUGGCUCCGAACGAGACAGUAUGCGUGAACGAUCAGGCUCGAUUUCUGCCGCACGUGCAAUGAUUCCUAUGUGUCCGUCAUUGAUGCCAUCACAGGUAUCAGCCAUUCGCAAAUCAUGGAGACAUAUCAACACAAAAGGCCUGAUUACUGUGCUUUCACGCUGCUUCCAGAGGCUCGAAUCUUCUUGUCCUGUGGCACAAGCAUGUUUCUCCUCGCAAUCUCCAUCGCCUUCGAAUGCUCAAAGUCCAGUGAGGACCGUAGCAGAUCAUGCGAGAUUUUUGCUCAAUCUGCUUGACAGAAUAAUUGAUGCUGAGCAGGACCUCGAAGAAAUCCGUGAAAUUGGCGCUCGACAUGUGCCGCUAAAACAUGAAUGUGGCCUUGGUGCGGCUGAGCUGGACAGAUUCCAAGAAAUUUUUGUCGAAGUGCUGCUGAAGCAAGAUGGAAUACGGCAAAGCAAGGAAGCCAGUCGUGCUUGGCGCAUUCUUAUCUGUGCGAUAGUGGAUCUAUUUCGAGACGGGUUCGAGACACAACUUCGUCAAUUCAGACGGAAACACUCAUUCAAUGCACAUACGGAGUAUUUCGAGAACAUAGAAAGACGUGCUUCGCUCUGCCCCUAUCGCAAAGCGUCGCUGAACGUGGAUCCACGCUUGGACACCUGUACCAAGAAGCUUUCUCAGCUCAACGUAUGAACAUAAUCUUUUGUGAC